CAAACAUAAACAACUCCUCACCGGAGUUGCGUCUGGAUGAGAUGCAAGGAUUUGCGAAUCCAGGCACCAAACACGCACGACAACGAUGCGAAAGAUUCGACGCAGCAGGUUUGGGAAAGCGGCGAAACCUGCAGGGCGCUGAGAUCAAUCAUGGCCGAGACCAGAACCCCACCCAAUUCUCAACGUGUAGUGUUGUUUUUGCUCUUGUCGGGACCGGAGGUUCCAUGGUAAGAUUUGCAGCAGAUGAGGAGGCAUUAGGUUUGCGUUGUCAGUCUGUGGCCUGUCUGCGCCACCACCAUGGUGCAGAGAUUUUCGUAUAGGACCAGCGCCGGAACGAUGGCGACGAGUAAGUUACAGCAACUCUCGAGGUUUAGCGCAACCGUUCCUGUCGCUUCCAGCCUCCUGUCACUCGUUGUUGUAAAACGAGAAAUGAGUUGCGAAUGGCGCCCAUUCGUUCGUCGUUUCUCGCCCUGCGUGGAUCGAAUCAUCGUCGGAGGAGCAUGGGUUGCAGCUGCCUCCGGAGCUGGAGCGGACACAGAGCUGGAGUGGGUGUGAGCAGGUCUGUAGGGGAAUCGUGUGCGGCGAUGGACGUGCAAUCGCCACUCUGACGCUUCGGGAGCCUCGGUGGUACCGUGAUUCGGCCGACUAGUGGUGAAGGGCGUCCUCGGCUUGGUUCCCGUUGUGGAAGUUGGAAGUUCGCAACAGGGCGGCGUGAACGGGAGCUCUUCUGAGAGAGCUGCUGUUCGUUUUGGUUUCGUUUUGAGGAGAUAAUCAAGAUUCUGUGGGGUGCGUUGCGAGACACAGUCGUCUUGCGUUUUGGGGAUGGCGCAAACGAUUCCUUAAGGUCGUACUGUUUAAUUGUCAACCAUAGCUUGGCUUCGAAGGGUGGUGAGAAGCCCAUACCCGACCGGCCAAAGUCGAAAUUAGAGUCUCUUUUCCAACUCCGGCUUGUUCUUCCCAGAAUUGCAUCUCUAUUUUCGAGCUUCAUACUGCCUCCGCUCCUCAUCGAUAUUUGAACCCCGUUGCAGGUCGAAUUCUUUUGCGAUCUCGUUGCACAGGCCGUGGUUACUCCUUUCUUAUGCCGUUUCGUUCUUAGAUUUCGAACCUCCUCCAUGUCGUCGGGAGGCUCUAAAUGCUGACCAGAUUAGUCAUCGAAGUCUGUGGAAUCAAGUUGUGAUUAGAACCAGUCGGCACGAUGAGCGGAUGCCAAAACAGAUAUGGCUCCGCCGCCAGAGACGAAUGCUCCCGGAAUUACUCCUCAUCGGUAUUCUACUUCAUCUCUACGAUCGCCGCCAUGGUUGUUCUGGGCAGUAUUACCGUCCUCUUUUUCUGCUGCGUUUAUUGCAAGCGGAGGAGGUUAACCCAGCGGCUUCGUAACGCUCGCAAUAGGGUGCAACAAAUGGGAUCGGAUCAUGUCAUGUAUGUUUGGCCCGGCGCUGCGGAUGAGACGUCAGGAUCUGGAGCUGCAGCUGGAGCUCGCCAAACGCAAGCUUGCGCAAAUUCUAAAGGGAAUGUUGCCAAGGGGAGUGUCGCAGGGGCCGAGCCUGUGUCAUGCGUGAUCAUGGCGGGGGAGGAGCGCCCCACGCACUUGGCCCGGCCCUUGCCACGGGAGGAGCUUGCAGAUGCAAUCUCGGACGGUAAAUUGGACGAUCUAGAGCGAGGAAUGCGGAGGGAGCCCUCUAAUCGGUGAUUUCAAUCCGGGAAUAAGGAUCAAUUUUGAAAUAGGAUGUUGCAUUCGUGUUGGGCUGAUUGCGAAUGAGUCAAUUGUGUAUAGAUUCGGAUGAAGGAGAGUAGUGCUAAAUCAACGGGAUGGACAUGUCCCAAGCAUGUCUUGCUCAUAAAGAGCAUGGCAUAUUUGAUAUUGAAGCACUUAUUAUGUGUUCCAGCUAAAUUGGUAGGUCGGUUGAAUUCUGGAUGAUGGAGAAAGAUGCAUUACCAAAGUUCCAUGAUUGGCUGUGAAGACUGAAACUAAAUGAUCGGAGCAUUUCACGACUCCGUGAUGGAUGUAGGUUUUCAGGUGUAGGUAAUUAAAAAUUUCCGCAAAAAUCUGUUAAGUUGGAGCUUUGAUUGCAAUCUCUGCGAUUCUAGUGAAGAAGAAUGGUCUGCUUAGUGGCUUGGCAUUGACUGCCAGCAGCAAGGUCGAAGAGCUGUGAAAUAGGUCCAAACGAAGUAGAACAACUCAACUAAAAGCCUCUGCUUUUUGACAAAAACAAUUGUAACACGAGACUCACAAGUCACGAGGACAACCAGCUUCGAGA